CUUUCUUCAUCUUCCCGUUCGCUGUGCUGCUUCAAUCAUCACUGUGCAUUCGCUCGCAUUCCCACCAUAGCCCAGCAUGAAGUUGAUCAUUCUGUUGGUGAGCCUUGCGGCAUCUGCGGUCGAGGCGGUCAUCCAGCAGCAACAGCCUCUCGAUUCAGGAACCGACUUCGACCUAAUCAGAAAACUGAAAAUCGCCGAGGUCAUUCCAACAGUCAUGGACGAAUUCAAGCCUAUGCUCACUGUCAAUAUAACUUGGCCAAAGGCAACAGCACUGGUUGGCAACACUGUCAAAGUCAAGAAAGUCCAGCACACUCCACACGUACAAUUAUUUGGCACACUACCCAACUUUUAUCUGACCACGCAGGACGACAAUGAGAUUCCCCAGCUCACCCUUGCUCUCACCGACCCAGAUGCGCGCAGCAGAGACAAUCCCGAUUGGAGUCAGAUGUGCCAUUGGAUCAUCACUAAUGUGCCAUUAGCGACAGCUAGUGAUGAGGCUGCCAAUGAAGGAUGGAAAGAGGUGGAACAAAUAGUAGAGUAUCAGCCACCUAGUCCACCCAAGAAGAGUGGGAAGCAUAGAUAUGUCUUCGCUGCCUUGGUCCCGAAGAAUGGUACGUCCGCGACUUUGAGCCUCAGCAAGCCACAGAAAAGACAGCACUGGGGUUACGGUACUGUGCGAGCAGGUUUGAGAGAGUGGGCAGAAGAGAACGGUCUCGAAGUCGUGGGAGCAAACUUCAUUUACGCUCAGGACGAGAAGCAGUAGGGCGUGUUGGUUUUGUCCACAAAGUACCUAGGUUACAACCCCAUCGAAUGACCGCCAAAUAUCAACUACAUGAACUUCACGACGAAUGUAUUUUGGGUUGCAAGAGAGGAGCAGUAUCGCGCAUGUAGCAGCUGUUUCAGAGUCAGCAACAACAAAUCGAUAGCAGCUCAUUUCCAUCAGCAUUGUGGACGUGGAAAAGCUUAUGAUCUUGAUAGCUGGAGAAUUCAUGUGCCAUUCGCCUGCACUAUAAAUGCAUCCGUGACCGCACCCACGCCCAUGGCUUGAGUGUUUACUCCGAAGUUUCUGCUCGUUUCCGUCUCUGGUCUUUGUACAAUGCUUCGCGCUGCCCAAUCCUCGAAGCCUUCUAGUCGCUCGAUUGCUGCUUGCCCGUUCUGCUCAGACGUAGAGUCUUGUCAACAACAAGUUUUCUUCCCAAGCUGUAAGCUGCGGCGAGGAGGGCAGCAGCCAGGACAACGCCGAUAGGGAUCAGCUCGACUGGAAUCUUCUUCAGUGUGCGAAGUCGCUGUGAGAUUGUGUGCGCGGACUGUUCCUCCUUCGGAGCUGCCAUUCGCUUCGGAGUUGUCCUGAAGCCACGGACUAAUUGCUGCUGCGUUCGAAGCAAUGGGGUGGCGCGAGUCUGGCGCAACAUGUUCGCCGCGAUGAACCGUGUAGACUGCAUGGUGUGGGGAUCGAGAGAGUGCCGUGGGGUGGAGUGAAGGUGUUCCUUGGAC